ACGGUGAAAACUUGAAAGAGAGAGCGUAGAGAUGAGAAGAGAGAAACGAAUUUGAUCCACAACAAAAUAGUGAGCCUGUCUCUUCUAAUCGUACAGUCCGUUUUCCACUGUGGUCUUGAUUUUAUUCCUUUACCCGUGAAUUUAAUCGUGUUUGUUUUGCAUGUUCACUAGUGUCUACUAGAAAUCCGGCUAAACAGAAAAGAAAAUGGACGACAACGAUCAACAUUAUUGCCUUCGUUGGAAUAAUUAUCAGAGUAAUAUGACAUCUGUGUUUCAUCAGUUACUACAAAACGAAGACUUCGUUGACGUGACAUUAGCAUGCAACGACCGUUCUCUCAAAGCACACAAGGUAGUUUUAUCAGCGUGUUCGGCAUAUUUCCAAAAACUACUUUUAGAAAAUCCCUGCAAGCACCCUACUAUAAUAAUGCCUCAAGAUGUCGGUUACGAAGACCUCAAAUUUAUCAUCGAGUUUGUUUAUAAAGGGGAAAUCGACGUUUCUCAACCGGAACUCCAGUCUCUGCUUCGAACGGCGGACCAAUUGAAAAUAAAAGGAUUGUGUGAAACAGACGAUAAAGAAAAUAGGGACAGUCGAGAGCCCUUGGAUUUACCACUUUCGCUUCACUGUAAAAGUGGCAGGAAAUCGCCUGGAAUCAAACACCAUUCGUUACCAGAAGAAGAUCCUCCCGAAGCAAAAUAUCCGAAAACUUCCUUCCAAACCAUCGAGGAUUCGAAUGAAAUUAGCAGCGACAAAGUACAACACAAAGAUACAAACAAAGAGAGAGAAAACGAUAGAGAACGAGAAAAGGAGAGCGAAAACGAACAACAUUCGAAUGAAGAGACUGAAGAAAAUGAUAUGCCAGUAGCUUCGGAUCAACCAGAGCCGAAACGAAAGAGGCUGUCCUCGCAACAAGUCGAGCAAACGAAACCUCUAAACAUGACCAGCCAUGGCCUACUCUCCGGACAGACUAUAUUUUCUCACUUCGGCGUUGACACCGAUGAUUUCCCACCCGAACCACCGGCUCCGUCUGCGAUUCCCGUUGGACACGUUGACAUGUCAACAGCGCCCGUCGAUCAUUCCCCCACCAGGACUAUACUUACUGGACCGAUACAUCGUACGGACAUCUCGGAUUCCACGAAGUAUACACUUGAAAUUAAAAAAGAAGCCGACAUCAAAUUGGAAACUUUAAGAUCUUAUGAUCAAGACAGUUUAUUGGAUAUGGAGUCACAUCUUUCGGGGCCAGACCAUUCGAUGGACAGUCACGAUGAUGGUGAUAGGAGCAUUCAUCAUCUAAUGGGGCAACAUGCUGAUUUCAGUGGAAUUCCCGGGGUAUCCAAUAGCCUAGAUGUAAAUAAUGAUGACCAAGUACCUGGAAUGAAAAAUAACGGCCAUAGCGAAAAUAUAACACCAAAUAGGUCACACGGAGGUGGACCGAAGACUUGGACUCAAGAAGAUAUGGAUAUGGCGUUGGAUGCCUUAAGGAAUCACAAUAUGAGCCUAACUAAGGCAUCCGCAACUUACGGUAUUCCCUCCACUACGUUAUGGCAAAGAGCACAUAGACUUGGGAUAGAUACGCCGAAGAAAGAAGGUCCCACAAAAUCUUGGACGGAAGAAAAUUUGAAUAAUGCACUCGAAGCGUUAAGGACGGGCACGAUAUCGGCUAAUAAAGCUAGCAAAGCUUUUGGUAUUCCUAGUAGCACCUUGUACAAAAUAGCGAGAAGAGAAGGAAUAAGACUGGCAGCACCUUUCAACGCGGCACCGACGACGUGGACCCCAGACGAUUUAGAAAAAGCACUGGAAUCAAUCAGAACUGGUCAAACUUCUGUACAAAAAGCAUCGACAGAAUUUGGAAUCCCCACAGGAACCCUAUACGGCAGAUGCAAAAGGGAAGGAAUUGAAUUGUCGAGGUCGAAUCCUACUCCGUGGUCAGAAGAUGCGAUGGGAGAAGCUUUGGAAGCUGUUAGUACCACAAAAUUUGCAGGUUAGGCCAUAUGUCCAUCAACCAAGCAGCCAUCCAUUACAACCUGCCUUAUUCAUCCUUAUACGGCCGCUUUAAGCGUGGCCUUAAAUUCGAAGCGGACAUCGUGGAUUAUCACGAUCUCAAUCAAGAUAGCCAAUUGCAAAUGGAUCACACAUUCGGAAUGGAAUACACUACCUCUCCACCUCAGAUACAAUAUCAGAAUCAGAACAGUUGAGACGCGGCCUUCAACUUUGACUGCUUUUAAGAAAUAGGUCCAUAAUAGAUUUAUAUUUGAGGUUAGAAAAGUGGUAUGUGGAUUUAGAAAUAACGUUUUUUUUUAUAUAAUUUGUAUAAAUGAUGAAAGGAAGGGUUUGUACUAUUUCACACUUUUAUUUUGUGAUACAAAAUAAAUAGUCAAGUUGAAAGAUUUUAUCUAAGAGAUAUUAACGAUGGCAACUAUUAUAAUAAUAAUUUCGAUUAUGUUUUUUCAGUUUUAUAUAUAUAUAUAUAUAUAUAUAUAUAUAUAUAUAUAUAUAUAUAUAUAUAUAUUCAACAAAACAAAGUAUACAGGUAUUAGUUGAAGCUGUUUACUGCAUUUUACAUUCACUAUAAAUUCAAUAAUUUUAACAGUGAUUCAUUUGAACAGCAUAAAAAAGUAUUAUUGGAAUGUUAGAUAAAAGUUUAAAGCAGAACAGACUGAAAGCAAAAACAAGAACAAAACAAUUCCGAAGAAGGAUAAACUGUGAAAUAAAUAUUUGAAAUUAAAUAUUGAAUUGGAAAAGUGUAGGCGCUGAUAUUUUCAUUAUUUCUAAUGUUUUAGAUUUAUUUUAUCUAAUUUCUUGAUUAUUUACAUUAAUCUUCAUUUUAUUGAUCGAAUUAUUAUUUUCAAGACUAUUUUUGCAAAGCUGGUUUCAUAACGAAAUUAUAAUAAGAUAACAUAACAGAAAAUAAAAUCAAAAAUAUCAAAAGUUGCUUUCUGAACUUUGCUUUCUCAACUAUCCAAAAAAAUUUUAAACAUGUAACAGUUACCUUACUGAAUGUUACUUGCUAGGUAGACCAAAGAGAAAGAUGUUUUCAAGAUCUAAAUCAUUUUUUUUGUAGAUAAAGCCAAUCCAUUGUUUCUUACACUGCUUGUCCUAUCAACUACCAUAAUAGGGUUAAUGAGAUUAGAAGGCAUGUCACCAAGACAAAAAUUGAUUAUGAUGUGACAGAAUUCCUUUGUAAAUGAUUGGAAUUAUAAAUUGACGGUCCCACAAAUUCACUUUCUUUAACUAAUGAACAAAAUAACAUGACUCUUGUACCAUGAAACAUAGUGCUUUAUAUCAAAGCACUAUCCAAUCAGGAAGAAUUAUUAUUUUCCAAUAUACAAGCCUUAAAAGUUUGUUUAUUUCAUUAAAUGUUUCAGAAAUGACAUGAUCCCAUAACUUAGCUCAUAACUCUUGUACCAUGAAACAUAGCGCUUUAUAUCAAAGCUCUAUCCUAUCAGGAAGAAUUGCUUCACAAUUGGUGAAAAUUUCAACAUUUUAUCCCUACUAUUUUCCAAUAUACAAGCCUUCAAAGUUUAUUUAUUUCAUUAGCUGUUUCAGAAAUGACAUGAUCCCAUAAUUUAGCCCAUAACUCUUGUACCAUGAAACAUAGCGCUUUAUAUCAAAGCACUAUCCAAUCAGGAAGAAUUAUUAUUUUCCAAUAUACAAGCCUUAAAAGUUUGUUUAUUUCAUUAAAUGUUUCAGAAAUGACAUGAUCCCAUAACUUAGCCUAUAACUCUUGUACUAUGAAACCUAGCGCUUCAUAUCAAAGCUCUUUUCAAUCAGGAAGAUUUGCUUCACAAUUGGUGAAAAUUUCAACAUUUUAUCCCUACUAUUUUCCAAUAUACAAGCCUUUAAAGUUUGUUUAUUUCAUUAGCUGUUUCAGAAAUGACAUGAUCCCAUAACUUAGCCCAUAACUCUUGUACCAUGAAACAUAGCGCUUUAUGUCAAAGCUCUAUCCAAUCAGUAAAAAUUGCUUCACAAUUACUAACAAUUUCAUAAUUUUAGCCCUACUAUUUUCCAAUAUACAAACCUUCAAAGUUUAUUAUUUUAUUAGCUGUUUCAGAAAUGACAUGAUCCCAUAAUUUUGCUCAUAACUCUUGUACCAUUGAACAUAGAGCUUCAUACAAAAGCUCUAUCCAAUCAGGAAGAAAUGCUUCACAAUUGGUAACAAUUUCAAAUCUUCAACCUAAUUGAUUUCUAAUAUACGAAUUUUCUCAUUUGUUAUUUAAUAUAUGACUUAAUCCCAUAAUUUUUUUCCCACCAAAAAUAGCAGCAAAACUUUGCCAAUAUUAUGUUUAGAAUUAUGUUAUUUUUUGUAUAAACAUCCUCUUUCUUCAUUAUAUGGCAUCUUGUGUUAUUUUUUUGUGUUCUUUUAUCUUUUUUUGUAUAAACCUUUAUGUCGAAUGUACUGAUAAAAAUAAUGUGAGAAACCAGAAAAUGAAUCAUUGAUAAUUAUAUUGAAUUUUUUAUUUUUUAAGUUUCAAACUUCAAAUCGUUCCAAAUAUUUUAAGUAACGAGUAGACAACCAAACUAGAUGGGCACUAAUCGCCAUUAUGUCUUAGAGAUAAGACGUUUGAUAAAAUCAUAUUUUUUAUAAUCGCUCAAUAUUUAAAAAAAAAUCGCGAUAAGACUAUUAUUGUGAAUACAUUUUGUAUAUAAUGUUUGGAAAAAUUGCUAGCAUUGUGUUUUUUUUUUCUUAUUUCUAUAUUCACAUAAAGUUAACCUCAACUUAAAGUUGAAAGAUCGUUUUUGUGAAACAUUUAAAGAAAAAUUCUAUUCUAUCCUGAAACAAAGUUUUUAUUAUAACUUUCUUUUGAUACUCACUUAAAUUUUUUGUACAUUUUUUUCAUAGCAACUGUGGUAGUCUUAAAAGUCUAUUUUGUAUUUUGUUUAAAACAACACCCAUGAAUUUUAUUUCACCCAUCAUAAAAGUAGGUUAUUACCCAUUUCUGGAAUAUUGAUUGAUCAAACUUAAAAUUAUAUCCUGUUAACGAAAAGGUCUCUUGACUCGUAAGUAAUACGAAAGGAGCACAUAAGAAAUUUGAAGAAAUUAUUAGGAAAAAAAAUGGAAUUCAUAGUAAUUACCAUUUACUAGGCUGUUGUGCUAAAAUAAACUAAAAAUGAAAAAUUUUACCAUUAUUUUUAAUGAAGUUAGAACAAAUUUAUGCCUUGUCUGACAUAAUACAUAACAAGAAAGUGCAAUAUUACCAGAGGUAUUAACUUUUUUAACACGUUCCCCCACGUCCUCUAAUUUCAACUAACCCAAUUUCUAUCUAUUCACUUAGAGCAAACAUAAAGACUAAAGGCUUAAUCAGACGUUGCGGAAUUGACGUGCGUCACGACUAUUGCGGAACGAAGAGAGCCAAUUAGCACUUUGACGUAUUUCUUGUUACGCAAUUGUCUAUGUUCGCAUGGAGCGGUUUCAACUGCGGACCGAAAUGUGCGUCAUGGACUUUUAAGUAUUUUAAUUACAGUCAUAAUAAAAUAUUACUGCGAUUUCUAACCAUUAUUUUUCAAUCCAAUUGAAUAUAUUUGGAAUAAUUUUGACACAUCCCGUUACAUUUCCGCAAUCAUGUGAACAUAAUACUGUGUCACGUCAACUCCUUCAAAAACAUAAAUUCAGUUAUUUGGAAAACAACAAAAUCAAAGAGAGCAUGAAGCCAGAAAACAGAAGGAAAAAAUAAUCAAGAUUCAUUUUUUAAAAAUUAUAUUUAUUUACUAAUACAAAUACAAUUUCGCUUAAAAAAUUAAUUUCAUGGGUAAAAUAGUUUUACAUAUUGAUUAUUUUUCGAUACGCAAAUAAUACACCUAACCUCAAAAUACAAACUGAACAAUGUGAAGCUUGGCAUUUUCGGGACGUUUGCCUUAUGUGUUUCAAAAUAUAGGCAAUAUCCUGAACUACAUUCGCAAAUUUUUUUGUUCUAUUGGAACACCAAUGGCUGUCAAACUAAAAGUCGAACUGAAACGUAAAAAACCUUUAAUAAAUAGAUUUUUUCAUUAUAUUAUAAUUUGUAUUUAUUUUAUCAACAAGAUUAACAUAUUGUCGAUGAUUUAUAUACUUAACUAAAGCUGGUUGUCGACAUAAAUUGCAGCAGCUCGAUCUGAUAACACAAAAUGGUGAUUCUACAUAACCAAUGUGGUUGGUAGUAGCUUCCAUGUGAUUUAAAUAGUAACAAAUGUCGUUUGGUGAUUUAAAAGUGGAAAAAAGUUGUUAAAAAAGUUUUUUACCGCUUUAUGCUCUAUACAUACAUAUUUAUUAGGAACUAGUUGUACAAAAAUUAGUUGUAUAUUGUAGGUAAUUUAUUUACGGAUACCUUGUUGCGGCUAUAAUAUAGCAUAUUAAUCAUUUGUAAAUAUUUUAAUUUAGUUUAUGUUCUAUUUUAUAUAAUGACUAGUACACAGAUUUAAUUAAUAUUGAUAGCUUAAGUAAUGGAGUCCAGAUUUUUUCAAAAUCUUAUUCGAUAUGAUCCAAAUGAACUAUAAAUAAAGCAGAUGAUUAUAAUACUAUCUAUUUGUUUGUAAUCCUGAAAAAUCAUGUGAAAAUGACUAAAAUUUAUGGUUUUUUGAUAAUAUCUAAUACUUUUUAGAAAAUCUCGAUAGGUAAUGCUUUCAUAAUCGUUUGUAGUUCAUUGUAAUACCAAAAAAAAAUGUUAUUGCCAGACCUAAAUCUUGAAAGAUUAUUAUUGAUGAACUAAAAACGAAGCAGACAUUAUUUAUUACUAUUACACUGUGACACAAGUCUCAGAAGACAUAUUCUUGAUCAAUGAAACGUUCAUCAGACACUGUAAUUGUCAGUGUUGGUGUAGUGGUAGUUUAAACAAAGUGUUCAAACUGAUGUUAUUAUUACCUGUAUCUCUUGAACUGUAGCUGUUAUUAAUUGAAUAUAGAAAUAAUAAUCGAAAUGUUGAAACUAGUUUAAAAAUUCAUUACUACAAGUAAAUUUAAAGAAUCUUGAGGUUCGAACAACAAGAGGUAAACUAUAAAAUAUGAAUUGGCAAUUUAAGAAAAGAUUCAGAUCAAUUAACGAACUCCACAUCUUUAGAAUUUCAUUAUAAAUCAAAUGAAAAACUACAAUAGAAAAAAAAAGUGUUGUUAAGUUUUUUUUAAUAUUUCGUAACUGAGUACUAGUCAUUGCUUAUACUUUUUAUAAAACAAUGUUGCUAAGUUUUUCUUUUCGUUGUAUGUGAAAAAGGGAGAAACUUGUACUGAAAAAAAAAAUGUGUUUUUGUUGCUUAAAACAUUUGAUUUCAAAAAUAAAUCAUAAUAAUUUUUCUGAUA